UGCGACCGCGUGUUCCGAACUAGUUGCGUUGUUUUUGGUCGGACGUCACCGAUGAGAGCCACUCUCGCUCACUUCCCUCCCGAAACCGCGGCCCAAUGAUCGCUCCAUACUUUUCCCAACACACAAAAAAACAGGUUCCGAUUUACAAUCCCUUUCAUAGUUGAAUGAAAUCGAAUACGGUACCCAUGAAUUCCCACUCUUAUUGAAACGGUGAUAGUGUGGAUUUCAGUGCUUGGCUAUGUUGUCGUAAACAUAUGGAUGCGUUGUCCUAGAAAAAUUCUUCGAAGGCUCCGGUAGAUUCUGCUCUCUCGUCGGUCAAUUUAGCAGGUUAAAAUGCCGGGCUCUAGGCAUAAAAUAAUUGGACAUGUUUUCAGCGGAAUUUGCACAAAGAUGAACCGAACCAAACAAUUGAGCUCCGGUGAGGAGGUGAUGGAUACACCUCUUAAGAGAUGUCUCAACACUUUCGAUAUCACUCUUUUAGGUGUCGGGCAUAUGAUUGGUGCAGGAAUAUACGUGCUAACAGGAACAGUGGCCCGAGAUCUGGCCGGACCAGGAAUUAUUCUCUCGUUCAUUUUAGCCGGCAUAACCUCAAUUUUGGCUGCUUUGUGCUACGCCGAAUUCGGCGCACGGGUGCCUAAAGCUGGCUCGGCGUACGUUUACACCUAUAUCAGCGUCGGAGAGUUCUGGGCCUUCGUCAUUGGCUGGAAUAUCAUUCUCGAGCAUAUGAUUGGAGCUGCGUCUGUGGCCCGCGCUUGGAGUGGCUACGUAGACUCACUUUUGAGUGGGAGCAUAAGUGCAGCCACGGUGGCUUCGAUCGGCGAACUGCACGAAAAAUGGUUGGGUCGCUAUCCAGACUUACUCGCCUUCAUGGUCUGCAUAUCAUACGCUCUUUUACUAGGUAUCGGAGUGAAGAGUUCAGCGGUGGUGAACAGCCUGCUGACGCUGGUGAACCUGAGCGUGAUGGGGCUGGUGAUCGUGAUCGGUUUCUGGUACGGGAAGCUGGAGAACUGGAACGCCAACAACCGGGGGUUCCUCCCGUACGGGUUCUCGGGGGUUGUCGCAGGGGCCGCCACCUGCUUCUACGCCUACGUCGGCUUCGACAGCAUCGCCACCUCCGGCGAGGAGGCCCAGGACCCCUCCUUCUCCAUCCCGGUCGCCACCGCACUCUCCAUGACACUUGUCAGCUUCGGGUACAUUCUAGUGAGUGCAGCGUUGACCCUCAUGGUUCCGUACACUAUGAUCGAUGCCAGCGCAGCCCUUCCCGAGGCAUUCUCCAUGAUGGGUCUACAUUGGGUCAAGUACGCAGUAACGAUUGGGGCACUCUGUGGUAUGACGACCACCUUACUUGGCUCCCUCUUCUCUCUCCCGCGAUGCAUGUAUGCCAUGGCACAAGAUGGACUCAUCUUCGCCUUCCUUGGCAAGAUCAAUAAAACCACACAGGUUCCUGUUGUAAAUCUCAUCAUAUCAGGAUUGAUGAGCGCCACGAUUGCACUCUUAUUCGAUCUAGAAAAACUGGUGGAGUUCAUGUCGAUCGGAACAUUGUUGGCGUACACCAUCGUUAGCGCCUCGGUGAUAGUUCUUAGAUACCGUCCGAACACACCGCCUCCUUCUAAUGAUAACGUCAGCGUUAAUGACGUCUACAUAAUGUCACCCUCUCCUGGGGUGGAGGAGUUCAAGGUUUGCAUGGGUGGACGCCUGAAGCCCAGCUUCGAUUGGCUGGAGCCGGUAGUGGGUUGGUGCAAACCUGGCGAAGCUGUGUCUGUUGCCGUUUUCAUUUUCACCUGCUUCAGCGCCCUGCUCUGCUUCCACUUUCAUUGGGCCACCGCUCAAAUGGAGAAUGGCGCGUGGUGGACCGUUUUCGGCUGCGUCUUCCUGAUUGCCGUCAUGCUCUUCUGUUUACUAGUGAUAGAGGCUCAUGAGCAGAAUAGAACCGGGCUGACGUUCAUGGUGCCCCUAGUUCCUUACGUACCCGCUUUGAGCAUUCUUUUCAACGUGGAGCUCAUGGCAAACCUGAACAUCUUAACUUGGCUCCGGUUCAUGAUCUGGAUGAUUUUAGGGUUACUGGUUUACUUUUUAUAUGGUAUCCACCACAGCAAGGAAAAUGAUACCACUUCCUCUUACUCGGUGCUCAUGACGUCAUCAGAGGCGACGAAAUCAAAAUGGGGCUCGAUUCCUGCUCCGGUCACAAUUCCUGUCACGAGGAAAAGAAGGUCCGGGAAGGGAGAUCGCCAGGCUAUCGUCAAUAGCGACGACGAUACUGACAGCUCGGACUAAAUUCAAUCAUAUUCAACUAGGUAUUCGAUUCGGACUGGCCGUACGAAAAUUAUUCCUCUCGCCUUUUGACUUACUAUUUCUGCUAUAGGUGCACUCCUUGCAGACACAGAAAUAAGAGAGGAAAGGAAGUUUGGUGUCAUUUAGUACAUUUAUUAAAAAAGGAGCCAAUUUUUUGGGGAACAAAUAUCGCUGGUUGAUGAGAUAUGGUGACCUGUUCAGUUCACAUCGACGCUCGGGGGAAAACAUGGGAGAGAGUAAUUACGAAAACUUGAUUUCGAUCCAAUAUUCACUAUCCAAUUCAUCACUGCCGACUAAUGAAUCAAUCGUCAAAAACAUAGUCUGUUUUUUUAUUUAAUGUGAUGAGGCUCUUUUAUAAUCCAAAAUUUUACAGGCAGUGAAAGUAAAUCAUCUCGAAACAUGCAAUUUUAAAGUCACGAGGAGCCUCUGGGCAGGCCUAAAGCAGAUAUAAUAAUUUAAAAAAUAAUUCGCCGUUAAAUUGCAAUUUGAAAUUUUGCAAGUUUUUCACUUUUAAAAGCGAGCUAUCUAAUUUUCCAAGGACUUGGUAUUUUACUCUAAAUACCGUCAAUUUUUAAACUUUAAUUCAACUGAGUCAAUGUGAAAGAAGAAGGUGCUAUAUUGUCUUUGGAGUUUGCAUGCUUAUUAAAAUAGAAGUGCGUAAAGCCAUCAGCGUUAUUAAUAAAUACAACUGACACAUAUCGAUACUUUGGGCCAAUCCAUGAAACAGUAUUCAUGACAUUACUUUUCUUGCACUAAUAAACUUGAAAAAUAUCAUGUACCUAAUAAUUAUGCUUCAAAAAACCCUUCGAGAUUUUCUAACAUCCUCUAACGAAAAAGCAAGGUAAAGCUGACUGAUUUUCUUCGAUGUAUAUUUAAAGCUAAAAAUAUAAAAUGACAAGAGAACUAGUUUGUAAUGGGGGGAGGGGAUCUAGAUUCAAUCAUAAUUUCAUAUAUUUCCAUAAUUUGAUAAUUUUUCAUUUGAUUCGGUCAAUAUUUUGUCAGCAUUUGAUAUGAGUAAGUACCACGUGAAUGGUGCAAUGGUUUUGAAGUGACCAUAAUGAUUUUGUCACGUUGAAAGGGAUGGACGGUUUGCAGAAUGCCAAAAAGGGUGCCGAUAAAUUCCAGGUGUGAAGCCCAAUGUCAAGAAGGAGAGGAUCACAAUUCAGAAGGGCCAAAAAUGACGAUGGAAGGACCAAAUAUUAAUGGAAGUACGAUCAAGAUAUAGAAUAGAAAGAAGGUGUAGGAUAAGAUGGAGUUGCGAGUCGUUUAGAGAUCAAAGCUCAUAAAAGUGGGGCUUUCGUGCAAUUUCAGAAUUAAAAGGAACAUACUAUAGUUAUAAGUCCGCAAUUAACUUCCAAAGGAUAGGCAUUAGUAGCCUGAAAUUACGGUAUCCUGCUUUGAAACUUGAUGUUUGACCUUUACCAUGCAGUGUUCAAAUGCUUUACUGAAAACCUCAAAAAGAUCAAUUUUGGAGCGAUGAUUACGAGUUUAUUUCCACAAUUUUAUCUCGUAUCGCUCUUUUAUCGACCAUCGACCAGUAAAUCAUUUUUAAGACGCGUAAAAUCCUUAAAUAUUUUAUGUCAAUUAAGCUAGCUAAGGUGCUGAAGAGAGGCACGGGAAAAAAACCUAGAAAUAGUCACCAGAGAUUCUGGUUGUAUCCUUCCCAGGGAAACGAAGUAGCCUAGACUUUCGGAAGUGUUUACCAUUCAUGUCGCAAAUAGUCAGGAAAUCUAGUAGCAAUUCCUUGACUUUAGGUGCUGUGCCUGAAUCCUCAAGGAGCGUUUCGUUCAUGAAACUCCCAAACAACGUAUCUCGGUUGACGACAUUGCUGACCUCCUGUCAUACCUCAUUUUCUAAAUAAAGCAACGCUCAACGUCAAUUCUUAAAAAGUUCUAUAUUUUUCUUCCCUUUGCGAAGUGAACUCUGGGAAAAAAUCCAGGAAUAAUUUUGACGUGUUCUUCCUCCAAAAAAUAAAAUAAGAGCGGGGAUUUUCAAACACCGCAAAAGAGAUACUUGGUUUGGGAGUUUCAGCGUCGAUAUGCAGAGUCAAGUCAUUCCCUAGGUUUUUCCCGCGGAGAUGAAGUAGUUCACAAUUUUUGUGGAUUCUGUCACUUUACCAAGUAUUUUUCUACUUUUAGGAAUUUCUCAUACGAUUCACACCAUCAGGUGAGAGAAACCACGGAAUAAAAGGGUCAAUACAAUUACUUUAGUUUCAUUCUAAAUAUCGGCAUGUCACUGAGACUUAAAAGUAAAUACUUUGUAGUUAUGUUAUUUAUUGAUGAAUCAAUGAAUUGCAAGUCAGUUCUACAGGUAAGGACUCGAUUGUGUUGUAUUAUUGUUUUAUCGCGGAUGUUCCAGUCAACCUGUUGUAUCAGUGUGCUUCACUGAAUCGUGAGCUGAUACAAUUUCAGUAUACAGAUUACAAGUCGAAAUACUUGUGACCACCUCUUGAAUCAACUACAGAGGCGUGGUGUGCUUUGUAAAAUUGUAACACAGUGGUAGAUCUGUCAUUUAAACCUAUGAAAAAGGAUCGAUAAACAGAGAGUUCGCAACGAACACCUUAACAAUCGAUUUUUUACCAUAGCUUCCAAUGGGGAAAUAUCGAUAUUGGAUCAUUCAUGCCUCGUAACUGAAAAACUUUUCACUUGAACGAUCAUGAAAAUAGAUGAUUCAGGUUUAGUGAAUUCUAGUCAUAAAGCGCACUAUUUAUGCUUAUCAUUGUAUGAAAAUCAAACAAUUUUUUAAUCAAUGUUAAUUUUUAAACGAUUUUAUUGUUAAUUUAAUGGUGCAUAUUUUAAUGUUGAAUGGUCCCUUCUGAAAUACUGAAGUUGGGAAAGUUACCUAUAUUUUUAUUCAGGAACGUUUUUAUUGUAAAUAGAAUUAUACAGAUAUGCGAAGUGAUUGUUGUAGCCUGGCUAAUUACAUCGUGGCUAAUAAACUUAUAUGUUUUUAAAAAAUACAGAAAAUGAUAUUAUUAA